AUGGAUAACGAUUUUGCCUUCGAGUUCUUUGAUAAUGGUGCCGACAAUCCGCGCUAUGACACGCCCGAUUACACAAUAUUGGAUGUGCAUACAAUCGAGCCAACCAUAGGACGGAACGAAUCGCUAAGUGGUGAAACCCCGAGCCCGUCCAUUAUGACUUUCGUUGGAAGAUCUCCCAGCGUGAGAACAUCAGGGCGCGACAAGUUUACCAGAGUAGAUAGCCACCUCGAAGGACUCAGUGACUUAUUCAAUUUAGGAAAGAAGAUCACUCUUCAGAUCGAAUUGGUUUACAAAGAAGAAGUCGAACUUGCCACCGCAGCCACCGGAUCGAGGAAGACGAAGACCAAGAAACAGAGUGCUACCGAGGCUCAAAAAGCUCAGAGAGCAGCUGAGGCUGGCUUUUGGACUCGUGUGUACAAGCACCAUCGCUGCAGAGCUAAGCACUGCAAGCAAGGACCCCACUGUUGGGCGGAUCAGCAGGGAAACCACCAUAAACUCGAGGCAACAGAUCUGGAACAAACACUUGAGGAUCUCAAGGACAAAAUGAAAGAAGGAGAGAAGGAAGAAGAUAUUGAUGUUGGUGUUGAGAUCCCCGCCAAGAUCCGUGAUAAUGUCUUGGCGAAGAGCCGCAAGCGCAAGGCGGACCGGGCUCCAGGCAAUUGUCGUCAUAAUAAGACCCAUGUCUCAAAUCAAUGCGGCUCAUGCAGCGAAUCCGACACAUUUCGUAUUGCGGGGGACAGGGCUGAGAAGCUCAGGGAGUAUUGUGAUUGGACAUUAGCGCAGACGCAAGAUGUGAGCUGGAGGGCGGAGCUGAGAGUGGGUAACAAGCAUGCAACGGAUAACUUCCUGGAACUGAACUCUAUUCUGCAAUUCCCCAAAGUUGCGACCGAUGUCCUUGUCAGGAAAGGGGUCAAAAUUGGUGUCGCGUUGCAAUUCGUCAGUAAGACUAAUAUCGAGAAGUGGUGGAGAGAGUCACAAGCUGCAGGACAUGUAGUUCUUUAA